AUCACAUCUCAUCACAUCAUAUCGUCUCAUACUACAUCUACAUCUGCAUCUACAUCUGCUACUACGAUUACUCCGACUACAUCUACUACUAUCUUCUUUGAUUGACCCUACCUACCUUGCUCUAUCUUUGCUUGACUAUCACUGCUUGAUACACUGCUUGAUAUCAUCGUUUGACUGUCACUGCUUGAUACUACCAUGGGCUUCAUGCUGAAGAAACCCGCCGAUGCGGUGGGCUCGGCCGCCCCCGCCAUCAUGAUCGGCCUGUUCGUCGCCUUUGGCGGCAUCCUGUACGGCUACGACACCGGCACCAUCAGCGGCAUCAUCGCCAUGAAGUACUGGCGCAACAUGUUCUCCACCGGCUACAUCAACCCCUCCGACGACUACCCCGACAUCACCUCCGCCCAGUCCUCCAUGAUUGUCUCGCUGCUGUCCGCCGGCACCUUCUUCGGUGCCCUGGCCGCCGCCCCCGUCGCCGAUAGCCUCGGCCGCCGCCUGGCCAUGAUCGUCAACUCGAUCGUCUUCUGCUUCGGCGUCAUCCUCCAGGUCGCCUCCACCUCCAUCCCCCUCUUUGUGGCCGGCCGCUUCUUCUCUGGAUUCGGCGUGGGUCUGCUCUCCGCGACCAUCCCCCUGUACCAGUCCGAGACCGCCCCCAAGUGGAUCCGCGGUACCAUCGUGGGCUCGUACCAGCUGGCCAUCACCAUCGGCCUGCUGCUGGCCUCCAUCGUCAACAACGCCACCAAGGACCGCAACGACACCGGCUGCUACCGCAUCCCCAUCGCCGUGCAGUUCCUGUGGGCCAUCAUCCUGGUGGCCGGCAUGCUGGUGCUCCCCGAGACGCCGCGCUUCCUGAUCAAGCAGGGCAAGCACGAGGCGGCGGCGGCGGCGCUGGCCCGCCUGCGCCGCAUGAGCGUGGACGACCCGGCCCUCGUCGACGAGCUGCUGGAGAUCCGCGCCAACCACGAGUACGAGAUGAGCCAGGGCCAGGCCAGCUUCCUGGACAUCGUCCGCGGCUCCAUGGGCAAGCGCCUGGCCACGGGCUGCGCCAUCCAGGCCCUGCAGCAGCUGUCGGGCGUCAACUUCAUCUUCUACUACGGCACGACCUUCUUCCAGAACGCCGGCAUCUCGAACAGCUUCCUGAUCACGCUGAUCACCAACAUCGUCAACGUCGUGUCGACCUUCCCGGGCCUGUACCUGGUGGAGAAGUGGGGGCGCCGGCCCUUGCUGCUGUUCGGGGCGAUCGGCAUGUGCGUGUCGCAGCUGAUCGUGGCCAUCGUGGGCAUGACGGCCACCUCGAACGUGGCCAACUCGGUGCUCAUCGCCUUCGUGUGCAUCUACAUCUUCUUCUUCGCCAGCUCCUGGGGGCCGUCCGCCUGGGUGGUGACCGGCGAGCUGUUCCCGCUCAACGCGCGCGCCAAGUGCCUGUCCAUCACGACGGCGACCAACUGGCUGUUCAACUGGGCCAUCGCCUACGCCACCCCUUACAUGGUGGACUCCGGCGCCGGCGACGCCAACCUGCAGUCCAAGGUGUUCUUCAUCUGGGGCGGCUUCUGCCUGGUGGCCAUCGUGUUCGUGUACACCUGCAUCUACGAGACCAAGGGCCUGUCGCUGGAGCAGGUCGACGAGCUUUACCAGAAGGUGUCGUGCGCCUGGCGCUCGCCGGGCUUCGUGCCCUCCGCCGAGCAGUCGGAUAUCAGCGAACUCGAUGCCAUCAAGGUCGAGGGGACGAAGCGUGAGGCUCAGCACGUCGAGAGUGCCUGAUUUGAUUUUCUUUUUGAAUUUUUUUUUAUUGCGAGAAUAUGUUUCCUUGUUUCCUUCAGCGAUCGGUCUAUGAUGAUGGUAUAUGUAUAAUAUGGUCCUGCAUUGUGAAUAGUUAGUUAGUUAGUUAGUUACGAGCCACGAGUCAAUGACAUCAAUGUCAGAUGCAUCCC